AUGGCCACGGUACGAGAAGGAGCCCGCAUGGCGAGCUCGCUGGGAAGAAGACAAUUCCCUCUAAGGGCUGCCCCCCUCUGUGCACGACGAUAUGCCUCUACUGGAGCCGAGAAGUCCUCGUCCGAUCUGGCAGAUCUCGACAAUGCCUCCUCUUUUGCGACAGGCACUCCCGACCAGGCCGCUAUUGAGGCUUUCAAUGCUAGGGAAAAGGCCUCUGGAACGGGCAAGAAGCUCCCUGGUAACAGAUACCAGUACCAUCCUCCCAAGUACUACCGUGGACCCCUCCAUCCUGUCCAAGUUCCCAAGUCCUCCGACCCGACUGCCCGAGACUUCGUCCCCGGUCCAUUCAAUUUCCCUCGGUUAAGACACACAUACGAAACCACGAUUGCUCCAGAUCUGAUUACUAUGACCUACCAGCACAUCCCACCAGGCACAGAAGUACCCGUUUCCAACAAGGGUAACUUGAGAGAAUGGGAUGGCUCCUCGCCUUAUCAUAAGAACCGACCUCGUCGUGGACCUCGCGGAGGUGGCUCUUCAAGACUGGGACUGGUCGAGCGCCCUAUCGGAUGGCACAAUGUUCCUGAAAUCGAGGCUAUUACCAUCAACUCAUUCGCCCCUCUGAGUUCCCAGAACAAGGAAUACUUGCACGUUUGCCGUGCUGUUAUCCAGGCUAUCUCCGGUUCUUUCCCCGAGGUGACAAGGGUUAAGAACGGUGUUGUUCAGUGGGGUGUCAAGAAGGGCGACAAGACCGGCUGCAAGGUGACACUUCGAGGUGCUCAGGCCUACGAGUUCCUGGACAAGCUGAUUACCCUGGUGCUGCCUAAGAUCAAGGACUGGCCCGGUAUCGAAGCAACCACUGGCGAUAGCGCAGGUAACCUGGCGUUUGGUCUGCAGCCUGCCUGGAUGGCAUACUUCCCUGAGAUCGAAUUCAACUACGAUAUGUACCCUGCACGACUGAUGCCUGGUUGUGAUAUUUUCAUUAAGACAACCGGCACUUCGGAUAGGCAAGGCCGUCUCCUCUUGGAGGCUCUAGGUCUUCCUUUCUUCGGCAAGGCCAGACAUUAA